UGCGUUGUAGUACGGUAUACGGUGCUUUGCAUAACGUAUUCGGUGGUGUCCAAGCUGAGGACGACAAACGUAGGACUAGGAGAAUUAGAAUCAUCUAUAUCUAGAUCUACUUUUGUACUUUUCUUUUUUGAGUGCAACCAUGCCGAAUCUUGGUGAUGUAUUCCCUGACUUCACGGCUGAUACCAGCAUAGGCGAAAUCCAAUUUCAUUCUUGGCUCGGUGAUUCUUGGGGAAUUCUCUUCUCUCAUCCUGCGGACUACACUCCAGUAUGUACCACAGAACUGGGAAUGGUUGCCAAAUUGACGGGCGAGUUUCAAAAGCGAAAUGUGAAGCUUAUCGCUUUGUCAUGUGACGAUGUAGAGAGCCACAAGGGAUGGAUUGAGGACAUCAAAGCUAAUUCCAGCUUCUCACAAGAAUGGCCAUACCCAAUUAUUGCAGACCAAAAGCGUGAUCUUGCUGUCAAGUUUGGUAUGCUUGACCCUGAUGAGAAAGAUGCUGCUGGAAUCGCUCUCACUGCUCGUUGUGUGUUUAUCAUUGGACCAGACAAGAAGCUUAAGCUGUCCAUCCUUUAUCCAGCUACUACUGGCAGAAACUUUGAUGAGAUUCUCCGUGUUAUCGACUCUCUCCAGUUGACAGCCACGAAAAGGGUCGCAACCCCAGCAAAUUGGACGAGUGGCAACGAGUGCAUGGUGCUUCCAAAUAUUCCAGAUGAGGAGGCUCGAAAGCUCUUCCCGAACUUUAGGAAGCAGGAUGUCCCAUCAGGAAAAAACUACAUGCGAUUUACCCCUCAACCCUAAAGUGACUUUUUCACCAAGUCAAGUCUUUACAAAAUGAACACUCGUUCAUGUCAUUUAUGUGUAUUCUAUAAAGUGAGAAUUAUGUAUGUUUUGUAUUGAAAUGGAAUUUUAAAAAUAGAGCUUGAUUAACAUUUGAUUUCUUUUAAAAACAAUAAAUUGAGUUGAAAGGUUCAAGAUAGAUUAAAGAUGAAUAUUUUCUCUUAUCUGUAUUACGAUUAUUCCUUAAUCUCUUAAAACAUACUAGUUCUUUUAGUAUAAUUUGGUGGUUUGGUUACUAAUAUCCAUACCUUUCUUCUGUUUAAAAUACUUUUCUAGAGAAAGUAACAAGAUGGAUACAUGUGUAUAUGUAUGUGUGUGUGAGUGUUAUAAAAAAAAUUGAUAAAAUCAUGUUAUAUUUUCAAAGAAGAUAAGUUUAUUUUACCAAAUUAGAAAAUAUCUUGAAGAAGUCUUUGUUUCUUAAUACUAGUGCUGGAUAAUGCAUGACAAUUAUUACACAUUCCUUGUGUUUUUGUAAAAAAAAAGAUUAAAAUGCUUAUAAAAUAGGCCCACUUACAGUGGUUUAUAGACAAAUUUCUUUGUGAAGUACCCAAAGAUGCAUUCACAGUAACUAGAAUGAAAAUUUCCCAUAAUGCAACUCAAUAAUCUGUCGAAUCUGUUGUAUGGAGAAUAUUAAAUUUCCAUGUGAUAAAAUGUUUAUGAAUAUAUGGUAAAUGGAAGGAAUGCACUAUGCCAACUGUUAUUGAUGGUGAUAUAACUAACUGUUCAAUUUCAUGCUUGGAUAGCCACAUUUGUUUUGUACAUCAAACCUCUACAAAUUGUAGAGAACACUCGUGUAGACUCACUAUCAAAUUCCAUGGAUAUCCAUGAAAGCUUGUUCAUGAUGAAAAUGGACUUUUAUCGUAAAAUCACAAUUUGAUUUGGGUUUGAAGGAUUUAUCAACUUUCAGUUCUUUGGAUGGAUGGGAUAACUAAAUCACAUCAAUUAUUGCAAUUGCAGUACUUACUUUUUUAUGACGCAGCUGAGUCCAUCAUGUUCAUUACUUGAAAAGUGGAAAAUGUGCCUUUGCUAUUGACACAUCACAGGUGUUGACUGUCUUUUCACAAUAAUUGUCGUAAAGGAGAAAUCAUGUCUUAUGGUGUUUAAUAAUGCUGAUAGAUUGGAUGACCUUGAAUAAGGUUGUGCCUUCUGUUCAAAUAAACAGAUAUGUGACUGUCACCAAAUAAAAUCAAUU